UUUUCCCUUCAAAAAUGGCUGCCACUCACCUACCAGUUUUGCUCUCAUCAUUGUUGCUUCUCCCAUUAGCCUUAGCCGCAUACAAACCCGCCCCACAAGAGAAGAAAACCGAGGUAGUCGUCGAAGGAAUGGUGUACUGCCAAAGCUGCGACAAUUACGGAUCGUGGUCACUGUCCAAAGCCGAACCGAUCGCCUCGGCUAAAGUUAGUGUCGUGUGCAAGAACCAAAGGGGGCAAGUCAACUUCUACAAGGCGUUUGAAACGGACCCCAAGGGUUACUUCUUUGCUGAGCUCCAAGGGUACGAAACUAGUCACUCUCUCUUGGACCAUCCUCUCCAGUCUUGUGUCGUUAAGCUCGUCGGAUCGCCUCUCGAGAGCUGCAACGUGAUGUCGAAUGCCAACUACGGGCUCUACGGCUCGCCGCUUCGUUACGAGAACAAGAGGCUGUAUAGGAAGGAUUGUGAUGUUGUGAUCUAUGCUGCCGGGCCAUUGGCUUUCCGACCCGCCAAUUGCCCUGCCCCAACUCACGACUGA